UUUCACUUUGCACAAUGCAGAUCAACAUCAUCGCCGCGGUGCCCCGCAACCGCGUCAUCGGCCGGAAUGGGUCGCUGCCGUGGUCGCUGCCCAAGGACUGGAACUACUUUCUCAACACGGUCAAGGGCCACGUCUCGAUCAUGGGCAAAACGUGCUUCGACGAGUUCGCGGCCGGCCCCGCGUACCCCGCCAUUGUCGUCUCCCGGACGCUCGUCGAAGCCGGCAAGACGCCGCCGCACACGAGCCUCGCAUGCAGCUACGAAGAGGCGCUCGAUAUUGCGCGCAACCAAGGUGUGAACGAGGUUUGGAUUCUCGGCGGCCAACGCAUCUACACCGAGGCGCUGGCCUCGGCCGACAAGCUCUACAUCACGCGCAUUGACGCUGAGUACGACGGUGACACGUACUUUCCCGAGUGGGACAAGCAUUUUACCGUGUGCGAGUCGCGCGUUGAAGACGAAGACAACGGCGUCCAGCUCGCGUUUGAAGUGUGGUCGAAAUCGGCUGCAAAGUAGGUCGACCUAAAUGCGCACCGUAGUAUUGCCCGGCUACGAGGUCACUAUAUACUAAUUAACGACUCGUAUCUCCGCCACGGACUGGGUCGUAAGAGACGCUGUGCCUGAACUCGCACAGGAGCAUUCGACCCGCUUGUUUUUCACGCACCAAGAGGGACGAAGUAACAAGCAUGUCCACUAUUGAUCAG